AGCGAGACCAGCAGCAACACCACACACCCACACCCACACACCCACGCGCGCGCGCUCUGCCACCUUCCCUCAAUUUUCAUUCGCAAGUCUCAACAAGUGACAGUUGACAGAGAGAGAGAGAGAGAGAUAGAGCCCUCCCCUUGGAUCCUUAUCGCUGCCACUGACCACCACACACAGCAUGAACGACGUGUUUACAAUCGAGGACUGGCUUGGCCAGGAAAUGCUUGUGGAUGAUGACCGCAUGUUCGGCGGCGCUUCCCGCUCCUUCUCCUUCUUCGACUCGGCCCCAACAGUCUCCUUUGGCCAGCACCACCACAACCCACACAGCCACGACGAGCACCACCAACACAGCGAACACCCACACCACGCCCAGCAGCAGCCACUCGCACCCCCUCUCGCCUCCUUUGACGAGACGGCGGGCCUCGACAUGGCCGCCCGCCACUCGGACGUGCGACUCUUCAAGCGCGAGCCCAGCCCAGACAUGUUCAUGGGCAACGACGAUGGCCUCACCACCCCACCCGCCCCCACCAUGAUGGACACCACCGACAUGGACCUCCUCGCUGACCAGCACCCGCAGACCCCAGAGCUCCCAGCAUCAUCCUCCCACCAGCCCCACAUGCUCUGCACUGCCCACACCUUCCACCACCCGGCCGUCGCCCCAGAAUAUUGCAGUGCCCAGGACCACAACGACAACAACGCCAACUCUCACAUGUCCUCAUCCUCCUCCAUGGCCACCACUGCAGCACCCGAGACAACCACACAAUCGCACUUUCCACCGCCACCGGCGCCCACUUCCUCUGGCCACGCCGAGCAGCGGCAACAGGAAGACUCCUCUCCCCCACACCAAAAGGUCAAGUCAGAGGAGGUUGCGCCGGCACCUCAGCCUUCCCUUGUCUUCACCCCAGUCCCCACCGCACCCCACAUUGCUCCCCGUCAGCAACAGCAACAACACCAGCAACACCAGCAACAACAGCACUCCUUCCCGCAACAACAACAACAACAACACCAACAACAACAGCAGUCGAGCACCAGGUCCAGCAACAGCAGCUCGAGCGGUGCGCCCACGUAUGAUGUGAAGCGCUUUGAGGACCUGACAGACCAUCAGCUGGCCACCAUCGACUUUAAGAUCCUUAUGGACCUGGCCUCCCGUGCAGGCCUGAGCAACGACGAGCUUGCCGAGGUGAAGGCCAAGCGGCGGCGCCUCAAGAACCGCCUCAGCGCCCGCAUCUGCUCAAACAAGAAGCGCGAGAAGUGCAGCGAGCUCGAGGAGACAAACCGCAAGCUCUCUGCCCAGGUCAAGUCGCUCAGCUCGGAAAACUCAAGGCUGCAGAACAUGAACGUCGUGUAUGCAAAGGACCUCGACGAAUACCAGCAGGAGGUUGCGCGGCUCAACCACCGCAUUGAGCACCUCACCCGCCUCCUCUUGCAGCAGGGCAUCUCCCAAUCCGACCUCGACGUCUCACACGCAGCUUAACAACUCCAACAACUACACCCCACGCCCCACGUGUCUGUGUGUCUGUGUACGCCCAUCCAUCGCUGUUGUUAUGUCCUUUUGUGCCUCCAACCUCGACCCUGCACCUUCGGGUCCUGUAAUACUUCCCCACCUCUCCAGCUUUUCCAUAUCUGCCUCUUUACCAUUGAUUCACUCACCCACUGAUGGCCGCCGGUGCGGCUUACUUGCUUCUCUAUUCGCUCCCGCUGCCUCCUCUGCGCACACGCCUUUUUCUCACCCUUUUCCUCAACGUGUUGCCUCACCUUCUGUGUGUUACCCCUCCCCCCGCCGCUCUGCUGCAUUGGAUUGGCAUUCGCCUCUGUCUUACCUUACCCUCCCUCUCCCUUAUUCAUCCCACUCGCGGUGGUGGGUUGUGCCUCUUUCUUGCUUUCUGAAGUGGAUUUGGCACACGUUGUUAGACGUGGACCCUCGUUCUCUCCACCCCGCACGUUCUUUCCGUGGUUUAGUUUUGGCGCUUUGGUGCACAUGGACGCCAGUACACAUUCGGUUUCCUGAUUGUGCCUCACUGCUGGUUUGAUUGCUUGUAUAACUGCCCCCCCCCCCCUCAUUGUUUGCAUGCGCACACCUCUUCCACGCGCUAGCAUCAUCCGUUGCUUUCGUUUUGGUUUAAUCUGCAAUACAACUCCACCUUCAACACUCGCAGCAAUGCGCAUCUGACGUGCACUUGGGUGUUACAUUCCAUCAGCCA